CGAUAGUGAUUUUGACGUAAAAAUAAUUGUUGGAUAUGGCCAAAAUAUUAAGGAAUUUAAAGCACAUUCAACAAUUUUAAGUUCUCGCUCUCUUUAUUUUCAAAGAGCUUUAUCUGAACGAUGGAAUAACAAAGAACGUGAUUUUUAUGUUUUUAAAAAGCAAAAUAUUUAUCCAUAUGUCUUUAAGAUUAUUCUUGAUUAUAUUUACGAAGAAAAACCUAUAUUACAUGCAUCUGGUAAAACUUCUUUAGAUUUAUUGGCUGCAUCCGAUGAGCUUGAACUUCUUAAUCUUGCUGAACGUGUACAAGAACACUUAAUUGAAAAGCAAUCUUCUUGGUUAUUCUCUAAUCUUAUAAUAUCACUUAAUUUUAUUUGUUACCAUGAUCACUUUCAUAAAUUAUAUAAAUUUAUUCUAAAUUUUAUUUGUAAAAAUCCUUAUUCUCUUUUUAAUUCCAAACAAUUUCCAUUAUUAGACAAGGUGGCUUUGAUGUGUCUUUUAAAAAGGGAUGAUCUUGAACUUGAGGAAAAAGAAUCUUGGGAUUAUUUGAUUAAAUGGGGUAUUGCUAAUUCUAAAAAACUUCUUGUUGAAAAUAUCUCAAAUUUAUCUGAUGAAGAAGAUAUCUCAAAUUUAUCUGAUGAAGAUAUUACAAGUUGGUCUGAUAAUCAAUUUGAAGCAUUGAAAGAAACAAUUUCUCAAUGCAUUCCCUUAAUUCGUUAUUGUCAUAUUCAAAAAAAUUAUAUUGAUAAACAAAUUAAACAAUACCGUUUAGAUCCAACUGCAUUUAUCAAAUACAAUACUUCAAAACUUCAAAUAGUUUUGUUUUUUUCAUUUACUGAUCCAUCAAACCCAAUAUUGAGUAGAGUAAUUACGAAAAGGAACGAUAAGGCCAUUUGGAGUGAUAAAUAUCAUGGGCCUUGCUUUGGAAAUUCAGACUUAUGCAUGACGUCAGACAAUUGGGAAAGUGUUUGUACAAACUAUUCUUGCACCAUAGCUGAUUUAUCCCAGUUUGCUGUUGAAGAAUAUGAAGUUUUUGCCGUUUAUAAUUUUAAUUCAAGCAAAACCGCAACUCUAAAAAGGAUUCAGGA